AUGGACAGGCAAAAAUUCGCAAUUCUAUGCCAUUUACUUCGGACUGUUUCUGGUCUUUCGUCGACCGAGAUUGUUGAUGUUGAAGAAAUAGUAGCAAUGUUCUUGCCCGUCCUUGCCCAUGAUGUGAAGAAUCACGUCAUUCAAAGGGAAUUUGUACGGUCCGGUGAGACAGUAUCUCGACAUUUUAAUCUCGUACUGUUGGCUGUCGUUCGACCAUACGAGGAGUUGAUAAAGAGACCUAUUCCGAAUUGUCUUGGCGCGUUAGACGGGACGUACAUAAAGGUGAACGUCCCCGCAACAAAUCGGCCUACAUUUAGAACACGUAAGGGGGAAAUUGCCACAAACGUACUGGGCAUCUACAACACGAAAGGGGAUUUUGUUUAUGUCCUCAUCGGUUGGGAAGGAUCCAACGACAGACUCGUGGAUUCUAUGUGA